CUGGAAGUUUGACAAGUAGAUAAUUAGGUGUAUAUUAAGUGUUUGCAGCCUAUCUCCAAUUUACAAACCGUUGUGUUAAUGUAGAUGAUAUCUGAUAAUAUGAAGAAUACAAACAAUUACUCUCAAUGUGGACACAAAACAAAAAAUAUACAUUUACAUAAAAUGUCUGGAACUAUAGAAAAAGAAGGGACAAUGGACUUGAAUUGGUGGCUUUUAUUUGGGAUCAUUGUAAUACUUACAGCAGGGACAAGAUUUUACAAAGUUACAGAACCACAGCAUGUUUGUUGGGAUGAAACUCAUUUUGGUAAAAUGGGAAGCUGGUACAUAAACAGAACAUUUUUUUUUGAUGUUCAUCCACCUCUUGGGAAAAUGUUAAUAGCAUUAUCUGGAUAUGUAACUGGAUAUGAUGGAACAUUUCCCUUUGAAAAACCAGGAGAUAAGUUUGAAAAUGUUAAAUAUGUUGGUAUGAGAAUUUUUUGUACAUUUUUAGGUGCAACGAUAGUUCCUCUAUCAUAUCUCAUUGUAUGGGAUUUAACAAAAUCUAUUCAAGCAGCUGCAUUUUCUGCACUAUUUAUUUUAUUUGAUGUGGGAUUAUUGACAUUAAAUCAAUACAUUUUGUUGGAUCCUAUAUUAUUAUGUUUUAUGAUGUGUGCAACUUGGGGAAUGGCUCAUACAGGUUCUCUUCGUGAUGAGUCAUUUACAUGGAAAUGGUGGGGUUGGUUAUCAUUCACAGGAAUUUCUCUUGCUUGUACAAUUAGUGUAAAAUUUGUUGGUUUGUUUGUUGUUUUAUUAGUUGGACUUAAUACUGCUUUUGAAUUAUGGAGAGAAUUAGGAGACCUCACAAAAUCUAUGAUAAACGUAGGGAAACAUUUGUUAGCUCGGUGCAUUUGUCUCAUCUUUAUCCCGAUAUUAUUAUACAUGUUGUUCUUUUACAUUCAUCUUACUGUAUUAAAUAAAAGUGGAAGUGGAGAUGGAUUUUAUAGUUCUGAGUUUCAAUCCUUAUUAGAAGGAAAUUCUUUAUACAAUGCAACAAUGCCACGACAGUUAGCUUAUGGAGCUACAAUCACAUUGAAAAAUCAUAGAACUGGUGGAGGAUAUUUACAUUCUCAUUGGCACCUUUAUCCAGAAGGCGUAGGAGCUAGACAACAACAAAUUACAACUUAUUCGCAUAAAGAUGAUAAUAAUUUAUGGUUAGUAAAAAAAUUUGAUACUGACGAUAUAUCGUCGGAGCCAGAACUAGUAAAACAUGGUGAUCUUAUACGCUUAGAACAUGUUAUUACCCAUCGAAAUUUGCAUUCGCAUAAAGAGAUUGCUCCUGUUUCUAAGAAACACUAUCAAGUUACGGGAUAUGGCGAAAAUGGUACUGGUGAUGCUAACGAUAUAUGGAAGGUUUUAAUAGGAAACGGCAAAGAUGGCGAUGUAGUUGAAACUGUAACAAGUAAAUUAAAAUUUGUACAUUAUUUACACCAUUGCGUUUUAACAUGCAGCGGUAAAACAUUGCCAAAGUGGGCGUAUAACCAACAAGAAGUCUCCUGUAAUCCAAACAUGAGAGACAAGAAUGCAUUGUGGAACAUUGAAGACAAUAAUUAUGCGAAAUUACCAAAUGUCAGUUUUCAAGUAUAUGCACCUGGAUUCUUAGAUAGGUUUCUAGAGUCACAUGCAGUAAUGUUGCAAGGAAAUUCUGACUUGAAAAUUAAGGAAGGGGAAGUGUCAUCGCGUCCUUGGCAGUGGCCUAUUAAUUACAGGGGUCAAUUUUUUUCUGGAAACAGUUUGAGGAUAUAUUUACUAGGUAAUCCAAUCAUAUGGUGGAGCAAUAUUGUAUUUUUAAUACUUUUUAUCAUACUAUACGUCCAUGCUUGCGUGAGACAACAACGCGAUUGCGUAGAAACUCCUGCUGUCCUUAAACAAAGGGAUAAAAUAUUAAAUGCAGGAAAAUGGCUUUUUAUUGGUUGGCUCUUGCAUUAUGUACCAUUCUGGGCAAUGAGUAGAGUUUUAUACUUCCAUCAUUAUUUCCCAGCUCUGUUGUACAGUUCAAUGUUAACUGGAACCACUUUAAAUUAUAUUAUCGAAAAUUUACUUAUUUUAUUUCCAAAUAAAGUUGGAAAUGUUAUAUAUCAUACAAUAGUGGGGAUUGUUGUUUCAAGUAGCAUAUACAGCUUCUACUUGUUUUCUCCAUUGGCUUAUGGAAUGGUUGGUCCCUCUUCACUAGACUCUGACAGUCCAAUGCAUUCUUUAAGAUGGAUGGAUACUUGGGAAUUUUAAUAAAGACUGUUUAAAAGUGUUCUAAUAUUUUUAAAUUCACGAAAGAGUAAUAUAAAAUGGUAAAAUCAAUACUUAUAUUAACAAAAUAUGAGAAAUAUAUGACUUGUACAUAUCAAUAAAUUUUUAUACGUAUAUAUAUGAAUAUAAAAAAUGCCUUAUAAA